UGUCAGGGGUCAGGGGUCAGUAUGACAUUCACCUGGAUGGAAAGUGCACUCUUGCUAUUUAUGAACGGCUAAGGCAGGACGCACCGUUUACCGCGGACUCUGAGAGGUCACCAACCGCCCCGCAAGGUUCCUCACGACCGCGUCCACCGCCCGCCUAACGCUCCCUCCUCGGGGAUUGACGUCAAGGCCGUCCAGGAGCAUGCGCGAUGCGGCCCCUGAGCCGGCUGGGUCCCCAGCGAGCGAAGAGCGUGCGCCUUCGGGAAUCUUCGGUGCGCUACGUCUGUUCACCCGCUGCCUGGGCUUCUGACUGGAAUUGAGGCGUCGGAGCCUGUCACUCCCGCCGUGCCCUGGGCCUGUAACGCCUGCAGGAGCGCCGGCUCUGAUCACCUGCGGUCUGGGUGUGUGCCCCAGUGGCCGCCGCUGCCUGAGGGUUUGUUCCGGAAAAGAGCUGAGAGCGCGGUGUCCUGGCGCGUGGAAGCCCCGCACGUCUCGCGCCAUGGUGAAGAAGAACAGUAUCCCCAAUGGGUGGAGGACUGUGACGCCAAUUGGACAUCCUUUACCAGGAACACGAUUUAUUGCUUUUAAAGUUCCUUUAAAGGGAGCAGUUAAUCAGAGACUUACUCCAACCCAGAAGUUUACACCAAAAGAUUUGAUUAGUGCAAUAAAAGCACUAAAUGUGGAGCUUGGAUUAAUUAUCGAUCUAACAUACACCACAAGAUAUUAUGAAGUUAAGGAUUUACCUAAAAGUAUUCAUUAUAAAAAACUUUAUACUGUUGGACUUGAAGUCCCUGACAAUGCUACUAUUCUGCAGUUCAAAAAGUGGGUCAGAAAGUUCCUGUGGGAAAAUGCAGAAAAUGAUAAACUCAUUGGAGUUCAUUGUACCAAUGGAAUUAACAGAACAGGAUAUCUUAUAUGUAGGUACCUUAUCGAUGUUGAAGGCUGGGAUCCAGAUACAGCAAUUCAAGCUUUUGGUGAGGCCCGUGGUCAUCGAAUAGAUGGAUGUGUGUACUUAAAGGAUCUCAAAACUCGACCCAUGAGAAGUAAUCUUGGAAUGGAUGUCUGGGAUUCUGAUGAAGAUGCAAAUCCCCCAUCUAAUUCUAUGGAAGAAUCUGGAGAUUGGUCUCCAAAUGAAGACUUUCAUGGCAGGACUGGGAAAAGGGCAAGGCUUCUUAAUGACCAGCACCCUCGAAAUGAUGUACAGAUAAAGGAUUAUGAUUAUGUCGACAAUGGACCUACCCAGAGGCAUGGGGAUUUUUAUAAACACCAGUGCAAUGACAGCAUGACAGAAGAGAGACAUCUGAGAAAUUGGGAUUUGGGUAACAAAGGACCUGGACCAAGAUGUUCAUUCUUUGCUAAUCACCAGUGUUUUGGUGUCUCCCAAGAGGAGACAGAUUUUAAUAACAAGAUACAUGGAACCAGACCAAGACCAUUUCAUGAUCACCAGCCUCACAGUGACUGCCAUGAACCAGAUGCUGGAGAUGAUUUUGAUUUUGUUAGCAAAGUGGGUAGACAAAGGAGACAUUCCAUUCAGAAUCAUCAGGCCUAUAGUAACUGGUGGGAACAAUUUCCAAAAAAAGAUUUUGGUUUUAUUAACAGAAGCUGGGGACAAAAACGACGACCUUUCUAUAACCACCACGAGUACCCACUUCAUGGUGAUUUUCAGGACCAGUUACUUGUACAGAGUUGUCAUUUUUUCAAUAGAGGUGGUGGUUUUCAAAGGCAGAACCCUUUCCACCAGGACUCUUUUCAUGAUGAAAUGAACUUUGAAGCUGUGGAGCCCACUGAUGAAGUAUCAGAGCGCACACGAGGAUCUCUGCGUGACCAUUCCGGCAGUGAUCUCCCAGAGCAAAUGUCCUUUAAAAACUAUGUUAAAAGAGGUCAUGGACAAAGACUGCCACCUUUGCCAAAGUUUCAAAAACAAAUGCAGUUAAGAAAUUUUGAUAUCAACAGUGGAACAGGACCAUGGCAAAUACCUUCCUAUAACCACCCACCUAAUGAUCCACAAGAACAGAUUCUAUCGGAAGACUUGGAUUUUGAACAGGAAACAUCCUUACAAAGACCACGAUCUUUUCGGGACUCCCCACUUCCUGAUAACAUAAAUCCUGACUGGCAUUUAGAUAAACUGGUGUAUGCAGAAGAUAAUCGAAGAAUACAUUCUUCACAUGGAUUUAACUGCAGGAGACAGAGCAGACUGGCAGCAUAUUCUUCACAGGAACUUCCGUCUUCAUGUGUGUUCCAAGAAGAUGGUUCAGUUGACUAUUAUGGAGGCAGAAAUCCAAGAGAUACGGAACAGCACAAAAGGUCAUGUUUUUGAGCUACUGAUUAUAAUUAUAGUAUGCCUGUCAGUUGCGGAGCUAGAGGGAGCGCAUUACGACUUACACUAGAAAAAACUGCAAUUGCUGCUGUGUAGUUCACUUUAAAAACUGCCCACCACUUAUCUAUAUUUGCCCCCUUUGCAUUAUUACUGGGCCAAAAAUCAUUUCAAAAUAAAAUAAGUUGUAUGUCAAAAGGCAACCUAUGUUAUUAUAAAAUUAGCCAUCUACAGCUUUCAAUUUUUCAUGAGUAUAAAUAUAAGGAGACUAAAAUGUGGAAUAUAUAUAAUUAUUGCUUUUUCAGAAUGGGAAAUUUGAUUUAUUGAGGCUCUAUUUUUAGUUAUAUAUGCUAAUGAAUUGCAUUUCUGGUAGCAAACUUUAUAAAAAAUAAUUUCCUUAUGGUUUUUUUAUUCCUUUUACAAGUAAUUAUUGUGUGCAUAUAGCAAGAGAUUAUAGCUUCCACCUAGUUGGUUAAGCUACAAAAUUAUAGAGUUCAAAAACCCAUCAGAACUAAAUUUUUAAGUCAAUAACUCUUUAUCACUGGUAGUGACAGGAGAUGGAAAAAUCCAUCAUAUAUGGACUACAGGAAACAAACUGAGGGUUUCAGAGGGGAGGGGGGUUGGGGGAUGGGCUAGCCGGGUAAUGGGUAUUAAGGAGGGCAUGUAUUGCAAUGAGCACUGGGUGUUAUACGCAAACAAUGAAGCAUGGAACACUACAUCAAAAACUAAGUACCGUAUGGACUAACAUAACAUAAUAAAAAAAUAAAAUUUGAAUUCCCAUGCCAAGAAAAAAAAAAAUCUAUCAUAGACGGGAAUAAGAAAAGACCUGAACUUUAUAGCAUUUUUAAAGUUUCCAUGUAGGCCUGCAUUGUGGAUCACCUACCGGCUCUUUCCCAUGGGUUUCUGCCAGAAGCACGGGUAAUACACUGGCAGAAGAGCUGGGAGAAAUCCCUCUGAGGCACACUGGGUCUUCACUGAGUGCUAGACAGUGGCUCCCCAAAGGCAGAAGGGAAGGCAGACAGAAAUCUCCCGAGGCACAGAAAACUGACAAGAACAGAAACCCUUGAAGAAUGUUGUAUAAGAGAAAGAGGAAGCUUUGUAAAUUGCUCUUGAGCUGGCCACUGGAACAGGCCGCCAAAUGACGGAUGGCAGUCAGGCAGAUGACCACUUACCUGAGAGCCAGCGAAAGGAACUCCAUGGGAUGCUAAAGUAGUCUAGGUCUGAUACUCAAAGUGUGGACAGCAGCACCCGCGUUCCCAGGCAGCCUGUUGGAAAUGUAGAACCUCGGCCCCACCCCAGACCUACUGAAUCACCUUUUAUUCAUUAAAAUUCAUUUCUAUUUCAACAAGAUUCCUGGGUGAGUCAUAUACACAUUAAAUUUUGGUAAGCAUGACCUUUUUAAAAAAUUUUAUUUAUUUGAGAGAGAGCACAUGAGCGGGGUGGGGGGAGGAGCAGUGGGAGAGGGAGAAGCAGACUCCCCGCUGAGCAGGUGGCCCCAAUGUGGGGCUCAAUCCCAGGACCCUGAGAUCAUGGCCUGAGCCAAAGGCAGAUGCUUAACCCACUGAGCCACCCAGGGGCUCCGAUAAGCAUGACCUUUUAAGGUAUAUUCUGAUCCUUAAAAUUCUACUUAAAUAAUAUGUGUAAUCAAGUACUAUGUGGUGAGCUAUACAGAAACUAAAUGCGUGGUCCAAGAAGGAAACGUUCUAUGUAGGUAAUGCAAGGAGGUGUCAUUGAAGAACCAGGAGUUGAGCUAGUCCUGAAGAGCUGGAGGAAGAUACAGUCAUGUCAAGAGAUAAUGAAAGUAAGUAUACGGAAGCAGAAAUUGUGGUAUGGAUGAGCCUUCCUGCAGUGGAGAGGGAGAUUAAGUAGGACUAUUACCUUGGUUCCUGCUAAAACACCCCUGAGGCCAAUUUUUCAGAAAGAAAUAAGUCACUUAGCUUUCUCUGAGGAGCUUAAGCCAGACACAGAAUAGAGCAGUCUGAGGUCUAAUGCAGGCCUAGGCAAAGGGCGGCAGUAGCACAAGGAAACAGCAGUUUAUUCUGACUUGGAGAUGUGAACAAGGCUUCACUGCAGGCAUUUGAGCUGAGCUUUGAAGGUAGAGUGGGGCAAAGGUAUUCUAAGUUGAGCAAAUAACCUGAACAGUGUUGGGUGAAGAAGCAGUCUACCCUGUCUGGAGUGUGGGUGACAUCAGAGGGGUGGAGUGGGAUGUAAGCCUGGAGAGAGCUUAUAGGCACAGUUCAAAAAGCUUGAA